AUGUUAAUCUUCGCAUUCAGUUGUCGAUUAUUUUCUCAAAAUAAUCGUCCAAUAUUUGAAUGUAUAAAUAUAUCGACAAAUGAAUUAUCAAAUAUUCCUUCAAAUAUAAUGACAUUAAAAUUAAUAAAUAGUAAAAUUAAUGAUAACGAUAUUAAUGAAAUUAUUAAUACGAAUAUUGAUAUUGUAUCACUGAUUAUCAAUUAUUGUAAUAUAACGAAAAUUUCGAUAAAUCCAUCGAGAGGAUUAAUAAACUUAAAAAAUCUCGACCUUUCACAUAAUUCCUUAUCGAAAUUUCCAAUAGGUUUCUUAUCAGCGAAACGAUUACAACGGCUCAUUCUUUCGCAUAAUAAAUUUAUAUCAAUUCCCAUAAAUCUUUCAUCAUUUCGCGAUUUAAAUCAUCUCGACUUAUCCUAUAAUGAAAUUAAUUACAUUGAAAAUGAAUCACUUAAAUCGAAUAGUCUCGAAUUUAUUGACUUAUCCUAUAAUAAACUUGAAUAUGUUCAACGAUCGGAUUUUGGAACUCAAGUGAAUUUUGUUGAAUUAGAUGGUAAUCCAUGGAAAUGCGAUUGUCACUUACGAGAUUUCGUGAAAUUCCAGAAGGAAACAUUGAUUAGCAAAUCGCUUCAAUGUUAUACUCCACUAUCACUUCGUGGACUUUCUUGGAGUUAUCUUUUACUUGAGAUCGAAGAGGGGAAAUCAUUUUCAUUUUCUUGUAAUGCGUGGGGCGAUCCUCGACCAUCAAUUUUAUGGAAAUCGAACAAAUCAAAUGAAAUACAGUCGAAUGCUCGAAUGAUUAUUGGAUAUGAAAAUGAUAAGAACGGUUGGAUUCGAAGCGAGUUAAACGUUUCCACGGCGAAAUUCGAUGACGAAGAUUUAUAUAUGUGUUUGGCACGAAUUGGAUUGAAUGAAAUGAGCAAGAAAUUUGAUCUUCGAAUAAUUUCAUCGCUAAAUAGCCAAAAUGAAACAAAAAAUUUAACGAAAAUUUUAAUCAACGAAUCAACAAUAACAACGACGAAAAACGACGAACAUCGACCGUACCUUUCGUCGAUUUUAAUAAUUUUAUUUAUUUGUGUGCCUUUUUUUAUGAUAAUUGUUUUUUAUACAGUUAUUAUUCGCCGACGAAAAUAUUUUCCGAAGCCAAAUUUGCUAACGAAAGAGUUUUUCGAUGAAGAUUUUGAUGAACGGACCCUUGGAGAAAUUUCACAAAAUGCUACGCGAACCUAUUUGCUUGAAAACGCUAUAACAGCUGAGGUUGAACAAUCGCCACAACAGCAAAAUCAAAUCACCGAGAAUACAAAAACAUUUUGUGGUUCUAGUAUGAAAUAUUCAGAUAGAAAUCUUCGUAAAGCCCCUCUAGCGCAAUACGAUCGUGACACAAGUAUUUUGCCACUUGUUCAGACCUCACUAUGA